AUGCCAGAUCCUAUAGGUUUGCUGCAGCCUCCACAAAGCCCCCUAUCUCUCGCUCUAUGGAAUUUCUCAUCGCAGUGGUUCCUCGUCCCGCAAGGAACAGGGAUCAUAGGCGUCAUUAUCAAUCGACUGGACCACCGAUUCGACGGACAGCGCACUCUAUCAAGAAUCGUGUGGUUCUACACCAUAGUUUUACUAGGAAUCUGCCUGUUUAUCUACUUACUACGACUAUCCCUAUACCCCAGAUACGUCUGCCGGCAACUACGCAACAACCUCAAUGAGACAUCCUGUCUCGCCUGCAUCCCCAUCACCUUCACCUCGAUCAUCCAGCUAGCAGUCCUGCAGCACGGUGACACCGCCGGUGUCAGCAUCUACGUCCUGUGGUGGAUCAACAGCGCCUUCGCCAUAGCCGCAUGUCUCGGGAUCCCCACCGUACAACUCAAACUCCAACCACCAGGCACGCAGCACGUCUCGCCAACAGUGCUCCUCCCCUUCAUCGCAGCCCUCACAGCCGCCACAGGCGGCGCCGUAAUCUGUCGUGCCGGGCAUCUCAGCCCCCGUCUCCAGGUGCCCGCCAUCCUCGUCGCAUACCUGGAAGUGGGCGCGGGAUUGGGGUUGGCCGCCGGCACCAACGCCGUCAUUCUCUUCCAGCAUUUCGACCGCUCGUUCAUCGACCCAGGCACCGUGUUUCAGGACAUGGUGAUGUGCGGGCCCUUCGGGCAGGGCGCGUUCGCGCUCCAGGUCCUCGGCCAGGCCGUGCAGCGGGGCAGCUUUGCGGGGUAUGAGCGUGGUGUCUUCUUGACGGCAACAGCUGCCGGCUCGGUCGGCUUUACUAGUCAGUUUCUGGCGCUGCUGAUCUGGGGCUAUGGGGGUGUUUUCACCAACGCAGCUGUCGAGUUUGGGAAGAUCAUGGACUCCCCCGCCUUCGCGGUUGUGUCGACUGGCCUGUUGCUGCUGUUGGUGAUGGUCUGGUUUGUCAAUCAGGUUCUCAUCGUCAAGGGUCUGGUGACAGGGCGGUUGAUAGGCCUGGAGCAUGGGUGGCACCGCCCUGGCGACCAACGCUCGCCAGAGAUCAAAGAGGCCUGA